AGAGUACAGCUGCAUGAGGGAAGGCCCAAACAAAAAAGGCACCGUUGCAGAAACCCCAAUAAACUAGAUGUUAAUAGUCUCACUGGAGAAGAACGUGUUCAACUAAUUAACAGAAGAAAUGCCAGAAAGGUCGGAGGUGCAUUUGCUCCCCCUUUGAAAGAUUUAUGUAGAUUCCUAAAAGAAAAUUCAGAAUAUGGAGUUGCUCCUGAAUGGGGAGAUGUCGUUAAGCAAUCUGGAUUUCUUCCAGAAAGUAUGUAUGAACGUAUCCUCACUGGUCCUGUUGUGAGAGAGGAAGUCAGCAGGCGGGGGAGGCGGCCUAAAAGUGGAAUUGCAAAGGCCACAGCAGCUGCUGCUGCAUCUGCCACCAGUAUUUCAGGCAAUCCUUUGUUAGCCAAUGGAUUACUCCCAGGUGUGGAUCUCACAACUCUUCAGGCCUUACAACAAAACCUGCAAAACCUGCAGUCACUGCAGGUCACCGCAGGGCUGAUGGGAGUGCCUGCUGGCCUUUCUUCUGGAGGAGAAGCGAAAAAUAUGGCUGCUAUGUUCCCCAUGCUGCUGUCAGGAAUGACUGGAUUACCAAAUCUGUUGGGCAUGGGAGGACUCUUAACAAAGCCUGCAGAAUCUGGGGCAGAAGAGAAAAAGGGAAAUGACUCUAGGGAGCUAGAAGGAAAAAAAGAAAGGACAGAGAGCCAAAGUUCAGAGAAUGGUGGAGAAAACUCUGUAUCAAGUUCUCCUUCAACUUCCUCUACUGCUACAUUAAAUACAGCCGCAGCUGCCAACCCUUUAGCUCUUAACCCACUGUUACUAUCUAAUAUACUUUAUCCAGGGAUGCUUCUCACUCCAGGCCUUAAUCUUCAU